AUGGGAGACACGCUCAUCGUGGAGGAGGACACGUCUAAGCCCAGCGCCGGCUCUCCGGUCGUGGCCAAGAGGAUGAUGGCGGUGAGGGAAGCGGUCCCCGUGCUGGCCAGGAGGGUGGUACCAGCUGAUAACUCGUGUCUGUUCACCAGCGUGUACUACGUGGUGGAGGGAGGUGUGUACGACCCCGGCUGUGCCCCGGAGAUGCGCAGCCUCAUCGCACAGAUCGUAGCCAGCGACCCCGAGGCGUAUUGUGAAGCAGUGCUGGGGAAAACCAACAGGGAAUACUGCGACUGGAUCCGGAGGGAGGAAACCUGGGGGGGAGCCAUCGAGGUUUCCAUUUUAUCCAAGUUUUAUCAGUGUGAAAUCUGUGUGGUGGACACGCAGACAGUCAGAAUCGAUCGUUUUGGGGAGGAUGCCGGGUACACCAAGCGGGUCCUGUUGAUCUACGAUGGGAUUCAUUACGAUCCGCUCGAGCGUAAAAUCCCCGACUCGGACGUUCCUCCCCAGACCAUUUUCUCUACUUCUGAUGAUGUUGUUCUCGCACAAGCCUUGGAGCUAGCAGACGAAGCCAGACGGAAGAGGCAGUUCACUGACGUGAAUCGCUUCAUGCUGAGGUGCAUGGUGUGCCAGAAGGGACUGACGGGACAAGUGGAAGCCAGAGAACACGCCAAGGAGACGGGACACACCAACUUUGGGGAGGUGUGA